UGAAAUAUCCCUAACCGGCUGGAGGUAUCUAUCAUCUCAGCAGCAUGGCAAAAAAAAAAGACGGCGCUUUCCAGUGUCAAACGUCUCCGAUGGAGGGAACAAAUGCUAGAUCCUUCUUCCCGUUGCGAUUCCUUGCAAUAGUAUAUAACAUUCUGAUACACUCAUCCAAACGAACUGGUACGGAACGGACGAAUUGCGCGUAACUGCAAUGGCACGACGAGUGAUUACGAGAUUGUUUAUGACAGCCCGAUGCGUCGUGUCCCAAGUGCAAGUCCAAGUACAGUGCUGCUGAUGCAGAGCGUGAAAAUAAGCAUCGCUCACGCAUACAAAGACCGCCCUAGUCGUAGCCGCCAGCCGACGACAAGUUGCACCGUGCUGUGCCUCCUUACAAGUCCGGUCUGAGGGCAGCCACUGCUGAGAGCGUCAUCCCUUGCCACCGCGCCAUCCGAAAAAAGCUCGGAAAGGAUCGAUGGUCGCGCGAAAGCUCUUGGCAUAAGGAAGGAAGUCUAUAAAAAGCAGAUCACUCGAUCGAGUUAGUCAGUACGGUUCAGUGCAGCGCGUGCAGUGAGACACACUCGGGUGUUUGGUUGGAUUUGGUGGACGAUUUGUCGCAGCUCAGUGUUGUUGUUGUGCAAGAAAACUUGUAGCAAGUUAGUAUAAGUUAAGUUGUACCGGAUCUUUUGGAGCGGAUAGUGAUUAAAAUGCUCUUACAGGUGCUCGUGCCGUGUCUGGCGCUGCUGGAGCUGUGCGCGGCGGGCUACGUGACAGUUCCGCUGCACAGUCCUGCCGGGGUGACGUAUGUGAACCCGCAGCAGCACGUUGGACUACUGGCCGGCCCGGUACGAUAUACGUCCGCCGUGCAACAGUCGGCCGCACUUCCCGCCACCCUGGUUGACGCACGCUCGGCAGCAGUUUCGGUGACGCCAGCCCCAGCCCCCACCUACUACUCCUACAACCUUCAGCCCCAGCCCGUGUUCGGCAAGGCCAGUUACACCCCGGCCGUACAGUACCACACGACGUACGGUAGCCCUACGGUGCGUGUCUACGAACCGAAAUCCUUUGUGUACGGUGUGCAGGGUGCCAGCGUUCCCACUACCCACACCGUUCAGUCCGUCCCAUCGGUAUCGGUUUCGACUACCCAGUACCAUCACACGCCAGCUGCCGUACCCGUUCCCGUACCCGUGACACCGGUCCCCCAUCACCAUCCCGUCGCGGUGCCCGUGCCGACACCCGUCCCAGUGCACGUGCCCGUUCACGUGCCGGUCCCAGUGCCGGUGACGCCAACAUACACCAAAACCGUCACCACUGGUCCAACGUACAUCCCGCCCCAGGAGAAGCAAAUCCCAGUGGUAAGGUCCCGUAAGUUUAAGGUGCGCCGUCCUGCAAUCCAGAACCAAUUCUACGAUAUCGAGGAGCGCGUCAUCAUUCGCCCUGUCGGUUCGGCACUGGUGGAGCUGGAGCAACCGAUCUCGCAAACGGAAACACAGACAAAGACUACCAAAACCACCACCACGUUUGUGGAGAAGCGCCCCGUGUACAGUGCUCCGGCCCCUGCGCCGGAAGUUCACAUCGCGGAAGAAGGCUAUGGAACGCGUACCGUCGCAAGACCCCAGGUCGUUACGCAAACCACCACGGUUUACACGGAACGACCGCCGCUGAAGGGCACCUACGACCGCAUUGAGGCGGCUGCCGCCCAAUCUAAAAAGACGGCAGCAUCUACUAGCAAGGCUUCGGACGCUGAGUUUAUCGAACCUCAGCAACCCAAUGCACCAAGCGAAAGGCCUUACUUCACGCAGGGUCAUGCCAUCUACCAUGGUCACCAGCAGCCGGCUUUUAUCAACCCAUACGCCACCCACCUGGCGCCCCAUCCAUUCGUGUACCAUCCGGCUAAUGCUGGCCAUCUGCUGCACCAUGUAGCUUACGUAGAUCAGCAUUCACCAGCCCUCUUGGCGACGCAUCCCACCACCGCACAUCCGGCCACCGUUUUCCACGUUCCAUCGUCUACUCCGCUCUAUCCCGUCACGCCCGCCACCACUAACGACGACUGCGAUCGUAACGGAAAAGCGCCCGAGUAUCUGCCACCCACCGGUCAGACACCGUCGCCGACCACACCAUCACAGCCACCCGUGGCCACUACGACGCCGACACCACCGACUAGCGCCACGCCAGAUUCCUACCCAGUCUAUGACGAUGAGUACGACGACUCGGUUGUAAUCGAUGCGCGAAGCGGUGCCGGAACUAACUACUCCGACUACUCUUCCACGGAUUCAGAUGACGGAGAUGUUACGGUAACCGCGGCCACAACUUCAGCCACUACCCCGCUAGUCUACCAUCACGAAAAGUAUCGCGGCACGGAGGAACAAACUCAGACAAGACUGGGUGGGUCGUCUUCGAUUGAGGUGAGCUAUGCCACACGCACCACACCGGCAAGUGACAUCGUUGCGUUUGAUCCAUCGACCGCUUCGGGUGCGUUCGACUUCGGGCCAUCUUUCCGUGGAUCCUUCCCAACGACUACCUUCCCACCGAGCACUACCAACGUGCCGUCGACGGUCGGUUCCUCCCGCUCAACGUCCAGCGGCAGUACGCCACAGCGCUCCGUGACGAUCAUCUCUUCUACCACGCCACGCACUGUUGUGUCGGCACGAUUCAGCGAAACGGGUGACUCCACUUCCCAGAGCACAUCUUCGGCACGGACGGCGUAUGAAUCGCAAAGUGUUACAUCGGGCAUUACCUCGCAAUCGGUCGUUGUUGGGCAGGGACUGACGCAGGAACAGAUCCAUGCCAACCAGGAACAGUUCAUCAAGCUGCUGUCCGAGCGGGAUUCGAUUGCGGAGGUUGGCUUUGGACCGAAAGGAGACACCUCCGGUACGCUGAUCGAUGCGUACGUGCGUAGUCGUGUCCUGUCCGCCACGCCUGCUCCCCGCGAUGCAAAGGAAACGUCACGCACCGUCAACAUUCGGCGCAUUGUCGUGUCACGUCCAGUGGAAACCGAGCAGGAGGUCGAGGUGCGUGAGCAAGGGUACGCGACCACUAUUGCACCUCCGCCGUAUGAGCACAAGCGGGAUGUAAGCGAAGUGACCCCGACCGAACGUGCCGAUCGAGGACAGCAGCCGCCGGUGUACGUUAAUGCUAAGCCACCAGCAUUCGCCGAUGAUCGAGAUCAGUAGGUUAGCGAAAUUGCGUUUGGUUCAGGAACCGCACGAGACAAUACCAUUUACGCACAGCAAGAAACAGACGGCAUUUUGUAGGCAGCUUGCCGCUUUUGUUAUAUUUAUCGUUUGUUCAGUAUGUUUUAAUAAA